AUGCCACCCAAAGGCGCAAAAGCGUCAACUUCGGCUCCGGCCAAAUCCCGCACUUCGGCGUCAACCUCAUCGUCAGCGUCCGCACAAUCACCGCUUUCAACACUAUACAGCUCCUAUGUCGACAGCACGCCAAAGAAGCUGAAGGUCAUCGAUGCGUUCCUCGUCUUCUUGAUGCUCUCUGGCAUCAUCCAGUUUGUCUACUGCGCACUCAUCACCAACUUUCCUUUCAACUCUUUCAUCGCCGGAUUCGCAUCAACGGUCGGUCAAUUCGUUCUUGCAGCAUCCCUUCGAAUCCAAGCGAAUCCUGAGAAUGGUCAAACCUUCCCAAAGGUUUCACCGGAAAGGAUAGAGCUCAUCGGGAAUCACAAUCAUCCAUGCCUCACAAGUAGCAGCGCUGAGGGUAUCAUGUCUGCCGACUUACGAUGUGUGUGA